AUGCUGAGAAGAAACCAGAGUCACAUAACUGAAUUCCUCCUUCUGGGACUGACCACUGACCCCAAACAGCAAGUGUGGCUCUGUUCCAGUUUUCUGGUCAUGUACCUGAUCAAUGUAGUUGGCAACUCAGUCAUCAUCGCAGCCAUCUUGGGGGAUGCCCACCUCCAUACUCCCAUGUAUUUCUUCCUCUCCAACCUUUCCCUGGUGGACAUCUGUUUUACCACCACCAUCGUGCCACAAACAUUAGUGAACAUGUUGACUCAGAAAAAGACCAUCUUUUUUGCUCAGUGCCUCACUCAGAUGUAUUUCUUUGUGGCCUUUGGGAUCACUGACAGCUUCCUCCUGGCUGCCAUGGCUAUUGAUCGCUACAUGGCCAUCUGUAACCCACUACGUUACACCACGACCAUGAGCCUCAGGCACUGUCUCUUGCUGGUGGCAGCAUCCUGGAUGGUGGCCCACCUCCACUCACUCACCCACACAAUUCUCAUGGCCCAUCUCUCCUUUUGUGGCCCCAAUGUUAUCCACCACUUCUUCUGUGAUGUCCAGCCACUGUUGACACUCUCCUGCUCCAACACCUCUGUCAAUGAACUUCUGGCCUUCACAGAGGGCUCCUUUGUGAUUAUGAGUCCCUUUAUCUUCAUUAUUAUCUCUUAUAUCUAUAUAACCCAUGCCGUUAUGAGGGUCCCUUCUGGAGAAGGCAGGUACAAAGUCUUCUCCACCUGUGGAUCCCACCUCACAGUGGUGGCGCUAUUCUAUGGGACCAUCAUAUCUGUGUACAUUCGCCCCUCAUCCACCUACUCAGUGACCAAGGAUCGUGUGAUCACCAUCAUCUAUACAGUAGUUACUCCCAUGCUGAACCCUUUCAUCUAUAGCCUUAGGAACAAGGACAUGAAACAGGCUUUGAGGAAGCUAAUGACUAAAUGA